AGAUGAGUGCACGCCUUCUCCUGGGCAGGACUGUGCCCAGGUUUCUUCUACAAACUGUGUCAAGCUCAGAAUUGGCAGCUCCCUGCUCUGGCUGUGUUUCCCGAUGGCUCCCACUAUGUUGGUCGGUCUCCUUCCCCUGAGUGUCUGUCUCCUGCUGACACCCAGCCCCACCGAGGCAGGUAGGCUGCUGGUGGUGCCCAUCGAUGCGAGCCCCUGGUUCUCCAUGAAGCCGUUGGUGGAAGAGCUGAUCCAGAGAGGGCACGAGUUAGUCGUGGUCAUGCCAGAGAUGACUUGUCGUGUGAAGAAAUCUUUGAAUUUUACAGCCAAGACCUACUCACUCCCUUACUCUCUGGAGGAUUUGAAUCGUGAAAUGAAAAUUUUUUCUGAUUACCAAUGGAAAAUUCGGGAUAAGAAUUUUCUUUCUUUUUAUAUGGGCUCAUCCAGCAAAGUUUUCGAUUACUUUUUCUCACACUGCAAGAGUGUGUUCGACGACAGGAAGCUAGUGAGAUACUUGGAAGAGACUUCUUUCGACGCGGUGUUUCUAGAUCCUUUUGAUAUGUGUGGUCUGAUUAUAGCCAAGUACUUGUCCCUUCCUUCUGUGGUCUUUACCAGGGGAGCAUUUUGCUAUUAUCAUGAUGAAGGGGCUCAGUGCCCGAGUCCUCUGUCUUAUGUCCCUAGGGAAUUAUUAGCUUUCUCGGAUACCAUGACUUUCUGGGAGCGAGUGCGGAAUCUCCUCUUCUACAUGGAAGAACGUUUAUUUUGCCACCAUUUACUGAAAGUGGCUGUAGAUGCUGCCUCUGAGAUUUUGCAGACCACCAUCACCCCGUAUGACCUCUACAGCCAUGUGUCUAUGUGGUUGUUUCGGACUGAUUUUGUGUUGGAGUAUCCCAGACCCGUGAUGCCCAACAUGGUCUUCGUCGGAGGCCUCAACUGCCAUGAGAAAAAGCCCCUGACAGAGGAGUUUGAAGGCUACGUCAAUGCUUCCGGGGAGCACGGGGUCGUGGUCUUCUCCCUGGGCUCCAUGGUCUCCGACAUUCCAGAGAAGAAAGCCAUGGAAAUCGCCGAGGCCUUGGGCACCAUCCCCCAGACGGUCCUGUGGCGGUACACGGGAACUCCACCCAAGAAUCUCGCCAAGAACACAAAACUUGUCAAGUGGCUGCCCCAGAAUGACCUGCUCGGUCACCCCAAGACGCGUGCCUUUAUCACACACUCUGGCUCCCAUGGGAUAUACGAAGGCAUCUGCAACGGCGUGCCCAUGGUGAUGCUGCCCCUCUUCGGGGACCAGAUGGACAAUGCCAAGCGCAUGGAGUCCCGGGGAGCUGGCGUGACCCUGGACGUCCUGGAGAUGACCUCGGAGGACUUGUCUAAGGCCCUGAAGGCCGUCAUCUAUGACAAAAGCUACAAGGAGAACAUCAUGCGUCUGUCCAGCUUGCACAAGGACCGCCCCAUCGAGCCUCUGGACCUGGCCGUGUUCUGGGUGGAGUUCGUCAUGCGGCACAAGGGGGCGCCGCACCUGCGCCCCGCUGCCCACGACCUCACCUGGUACCAGUACCACUCCCUGGACGUGAUCGCCUUCCUCCUGUCCAUCGUGCUGGGCGUCCUCUUCAUCGUCUACAAGUGCUGUGCCUUCGGGUGCCGGAAGUGCUUUGGGAAGAAACCGCGUGGGAAGAAAUCGCACAAGUCCAAGACGCACUGAGACCGACCGAUGGCCCCGGGUGGGCGGGCACGUGGCAUCACCAAGGCUGCUCAGAGAUGACCUCUGCCAUGACUCUGUCACCAAAUCACGAGCCAUACCUUUAGGUCGAUAUUCAGACAUGCUUUUUGUGCCUGCACUUCCUCCUACCCGGACCACACCUGGGAGCUUUAACUCAACACCUCCCCUCCAAGAGGGCCAUGAAGGUCUCCAAGCACUUAUUUUUUUUUUUUUACCUAGAAAGGGGGCCAGUUGGGGGCUGCAGUUAGAUUUUACCUUGGAUGAAAACUGUGACAUCACCUGGCUUUAGAGAGGCUGGAGCCUAUCCCCACGAUGACAGGAGGCCUCGGGCUUCCUGGAGGUCGGUUGCUGUCUACUUAAAAAAUAAAUUAAUAAAAUAAAGAGCCUCUCCCUCCUCUGGAGUGAGCUGGCAGUGAAUGUCUGGAGAGCUGUGAGAGAUUUCUGGCUUUGGGGGAACCCAAAUUGGAGGGUGCUGACUCUGAGGGUGACCUUGGUGGGUUUGUGCCAAGUGGAUCAACUGCGUGAUGAGUGCAGAGAGCCCUGGGUCUGGCGCGGAUUAUUCUCGCUUACGUUUCCCACCAUGCAAUCAUGUUAAUAAAUUCUUGGAAAUUCGA